CAACGGCUGACCGAGGCAAAAAGGCUGUAUUCCAUCAACAUGCGUCUCUACAUUUACGAGAACAAGGACCAGGUCGGUUGCUGGACGGCCAACUACAUUGUCCGGCGCAUCAACGACUUUGGCCCAACUGCCGACAAGCCCUUUGUUUUGGGUUUGCCCACCGGCAGUACCCCAUUGCCCACUUAUCGGGAACUCAUCAAGCUCUAUCAAGAUAAAAAGGUCUCCUUCGAGCAUGUCAUCACGUUCAACAUGGAUGAGUAUGUGGGCUUGCCCCGCGACCACCCCGAGUCAUACCACAGCUUCAUGUGGACCAACUUUUUCAAGCACGUGGAUAUCAAGCCUGAAAAUGCCCACAUUCUCAACGGCAACGCCGAUGACCUAAAGGCCGAAUGCGCUGCCUUUGAAGCCAAAAUCCAUGCCGUUGGAGGCAUUGAACUCUUUCUUGCCGGUAUUUCAAAAACCCAUCGUGUUCAAAACACCUGCCUCAAGACUCGUUCCCCUCUCAUCCGUGCCCCUUACCCUCGCACUUUGGUUGUCGCGAUGCCUCGACCACUAGGCAUUGGCCCCGACGGCCACAUUGCGUUCAACGAACCCGGGUCGUCGCUCGCCAGCCGCACCCGCAUCAAAACCUUGGCAUAUGAUACCAUCGUAGCCAAUGCCCGUUUCUUCGAUAACGAUAUCACCAAGGUUCCCCACAUGGCCCUGACCGUGGGUGUGGGCACCGUCAUGGAUGCGCGCGAGGUGUGCCUCUUGGUAACGGGCGUCCACAAAUCCUUUGCCCUGCACAAGGCGAUUGAGGAGGGUGUGAACCACAUGUGGACCUGCUCCGCGCUCCAAAAUCAUCCCAACGCUGUCGUGGUGUGCGACGAGGAUGCCACCAUGGAGCUCAAAGUCAAGACGGUCAAGUACUUCAAGGGCCUCAUGCGCGUGCACAAGCAGCUGGGCGUGGACAGCUGCUUGGACAUUGAUGUUUCCAUGUCCUAA